AUGGUCGAUAAGAAACAUAUCUAUCUAAUUCAGUUCAUAUCUCUCUCUCUUAGCAGGCCCACAUCCAAAAAUCAGUUUUUUGAACGGGCUGAUAUUAUCUAUCUAUCUAUCUAUCUAUCUAUCUAUCUAUCUAUCUAUCUAUCUCAUUUAUCUACCUAUUUACAUCCUCUAUCUAUAUCAUUUAUCUAUUUCUAUCUAUUUAUCUAUCUAUCUAUCUCAUUUAUCUACCUAUUUACAUCCUCUAUCUAUAUCAUUUAUCUAUUUCUAUCUAUCUAUCUAUCUCAUUUAUCUACCUAUUUACAUCCUCUAUCUAUAUCAUCUAUUUCUAUCUAUCUAUCUAUCUCAUUUAUCUACCUAUUUACAUCCUCUAUCUAUAUCAUCUAUUUCUAUCUAUCUAUCUAUCUAUCUACCUAUUUACAUCCUCUAUCUAUAUCAUCUAUUUCUAUCUAUCUAUCUAUCUAUCUAUCUAUCUAUCUAUCUCAUUUAUCUACCUAUUUACAUCCUCUAUCUAUAUCAUUUAUCUAUUUCUAUCCAUCUAUCUAUCUAUCUAUCUAUCUAUCUAUCUAUCUAUCUAUCUAUCUAUCUCAUUUAUCUACCUAUUUACAUCCUCUAUCUAUAUCAUUUAUCUAUUUCUAUCUAUCUAUCUCAUUUAUCUACCUAUUUACAUCCUCUAUCUAUAUCAUUUAUCUAUUUCUAUCUAUCUAUCUAUCUAUCUAUCUCAUUUAUCUACCUAUUUACAUCCUCUAUCUAUAUCAUUUAUCUAUUUCUAUCUAUCUAUCUAUCUCAUUUAUCUACCUAUUUACAUCCUCUAUCUAUAUCAUCUAUUUCUAUCUAUCUAUCUAUCUAUCUAUCUCAUUUAUCUACCUAUUUACAUCCUCUAUCUAUAUCAUUUAUCUAUUUCUAUCCAUCUAUCUAUCUAUCUAUCUAUCUAUCUAUCUAUCUCAUUUAUCUACCUAUUUACAUCCUCUAUCUAUAUCAUUUAUCUAUUUCUAUCUAUCUAUCUCAUUUAUCUACCUAUUUACAUCCUCUAUCUAUAUCAUUUAUCUAUUUCUAUCUAUCUAUCUAUCUAUCUAUCUAUCUGUAUGUGUACAUAACAUAUAUUUCUCUCUCUCUGAUAUUAUUUCCCCUCUCUCAUUUUAUUGUGUUCCCUUCUAA